UCUUUCAAUUUAGUCCCUCUGUUUGUGGAGUAUUUAUUUUCUCUUUUGCUUUACAGUUUCUAUAUUUUUUGGUAGCCGAAUAAAAUCUAUCUCCUACUCCGUCAAUUGCUGUUCACUCGCUUUUUUAUUGGAUUUGAUUUUCUUUUUUGCUUUGGGAAAUCAAGGCCCUUUCCUUCUGUUUUUAUCUAGCAUAUUCCAAUCACUGGUUUCAGAUAAAGAUCGAGGCUUUGAGAUGUUUUUGUUCAUUUUUCACUUCCUUUCCUGUGCCGGAACAAUCCCUUUUCUUGGAUCCCAAUUUCAACAGCUGCUCUGUGUAAUUUCUCACGAAAAUUUUCUUUGCUAAUCUGAUUCAGCAGUUUAUUCAUUUUUCUCUGAAAUUGUAAUUUUUCUGAGCUUAGUUCAUGGGGAAAUAUGGUGCUUGUGAUCGGAAAGCCUGAUAUUUCUGGGAUUUGGAGGCGUUCCCUGGUAAUUAGAUUUUAAGAAAAAGAUAUUUAGAAGGAUUUUCAUUCAGCGACGCUAUUUUAAGAAUUGCAGAAAGACGAUUUCAAGAAUUGAUGGUUUCUGCUGCUAUGGAUACACAGGGUCAAAGUGAAGGAACUGGAUCAGAUAUUAUUCUGCCUACAAGCAAACGAACUUCUCUAAAAGUUGGUAUACCUUCUACUAAGGGUAUCUUGUUGAGAGAGCAGUUGACUCCUGAGGCUGAGGGUGACUUUCCUUCAAAGGUCAGGAAGCCAUAUACAAUCACGAAACAAAGAGAGAGAUGGACAGAAGAAGAGCAUAAAAAGUUUCUUGAGGCAUUAAAACUUUAUGGUCGGGCAUGGAGAAAAAUAGAAGGGCAUGUGGGCACAAAAACUGCAGUGCAAAUUCGAAGCCACGCGCAAAAGUUUUUCUCAAAGGUUGUUCGUGAUUCUAAUAGUGGUGAUGGCAGCUCUGUGAAACCAAUUGAAAUUCCCCCACCUAGGCCCAAAAAGAAGCCAAUGCACCCCUAUCCUCGUAAGCAGGUUUCUUUGGACAAAACUGCAAUCUCUGCACUUGAGAGACCGUUAAGUUCUGUAUCUCCCAAUCUGCCCAUCUCAGGGCAGGAAAACCAAUCUCCGACAUCAGUAUUGUCUGCAAUUGGUUCAGAUGAUACAACUGAUUCUGAUAUGCCUAAUGAAAGCCCAUCACCUGUUUCAUCUGCUGCUGUCGAUAGCGGUGCUGUUUUUUGUUCUGAAAUAGCUAGCUUGUCGUCAGAAGAAUACAAAUCUUCUCCUGGUCGAGAUGAUAUUCGUUCAAGUCCGGAUGAACAAGCUCCUCCGAAAUUGGAGCUGCAAUAUGAAGAUAAUGCUUUGGUUAAGGAAGAAUCAAAUGAAUCAGGCACAAAUUGUUUGAAGCUGUUUGGCAAGACAUUACUCGUUACUGAUCAUCAGGGACCAUCUUAUCCUACUCAAACUUGCAAAAUGCAGGCACUAGACAGAACAGAUGGGACAUGCUUACAGACACUGCCAUGGACUCUUGGGCUUCUAAGUUCUUCGUCGAUUCAUUCUGAAUGUAAUUGGAGUGGCUUUUCUCGGAGAUUACCUGAACCAUUCCAUUACACAGAGUCAACAGACAAUGAAUCAAACAAUGUAGACGCUUGUCCGGUCAAUCUUCAAUGUCCAUCCCUUUUUGGCUAUGAGCAGCUCUCACCUUUGCAUGUCCGUAGUCCAAUUCCAAUCAAGGCUCGUCCAUCGUGUGAUAGGAAAGAAGAGGAGAAAGAGGAUCGAAAGGAUGGAUUCUUAAUAGGUUCAAACAUGGAUAUAGGUUGUAUUCUUUCCAUCGAAAGGGAAAGAAAGGAAGCAGGAUCAGUUUCAUCCAGGUUAAGUGAGAAAGCUAGAACAAAAGCAAUGAGCUGCAAGGGCUUUGUGCCAUAUAAGAGAUGUUUAGCUGAGAGGGAUCUUGCUGCGUCGACUAUGGUAACCAGUGAGGAGAGGGAGGAGCAGAGAAUCCGCCUUUGCUUGUAGUUUAUAGAGAUUUCUUUGCAGCAGACUGGGCAAGGAGCCUGGAAUGAUUUCAGUGGCUGAACAAGAAGCUGGGGGUGCCGAAGUGAAGAGCCUAUCCUAGGUUGAAGAAUUUUUGUCCCCACACCCCCCCUCCCCCCUUCCCUCUCCUCUUUAUGUUCUUCUUCCCACAUGGGUUGGAAUGUAUUUCUGGUAUAUUUUGUAAAUUUUAUGUUCAUUUUACAGUUCAUUUUUAGGUUCAGCUCUAUAAUUUCCCUUUUCAUAACUGCGAAGCAUUUGAUCUAAUAGUUCAGUAAUUCUUGUA